ACCAGCUGACUAAGCUACGCAAUAAACAAACCGUGACAAACACCGCUCAUGCUCUCCCCGAGUCCUUGCGGACUCACUUCCCUCUCGAGUGGCCCAGGAUCGGAUGUCUCAAGCCGCCCGGUGAUAGCUCUGGGCUGGUCACCACUCGAGAGUCCCUGACAUAGGGAACCUAUUUUAUUCAGCUGCAAGGAUAGCAUGUCCGCCAUGCGCUGACCAUAACAGGACCCUAGAAAUAUUGUAGCUGUUUUUCAUGGGCUGCGAAGACUCCAUGAUGCGCUUGAUGAAUCUUGUCUGGCCUAACUGCUUUGAAACGUUGCCGCAUGUCAUCGGCGCUGUUAUGGAUGCGAUCGAAGCAAUAUGCGGGUAUGUCUUGGUCACGGUGUCCUCUUGAGCUACGUUCUUCAGGGUCUAUUCCACCCUGCACGCAAAGUCCGCGAGGUCUACUGGCGCGUCUAUAACGCACUGUACCUGGGCGCUUCGGAUGCUAUGGUUCCCUUCUAUCCUGAUCUGGGUGAGCUCAGUGAAGGGCAAAAUGUAUAUGACAGGCAUCCACUGCAGAUGUUCCUUUGAACGACGUUGAAUGCUGAUGUCAUUGUAUGAUUAGGUACUGAGUUUUUUAUGUUAUUAUUACCAUGCCUCUUGUAGAUGUAAAUGCGAUAAUAGGUCCUUCGACAUUGCGUCGGACCUUUGAUGUUUAUGACAUUCGUCGUUUUUUUCUUCAGUUCAACUGGUGAUUUAGGAAAACAUUUCAGACUCGCACAGAGAUCUAUGCGGGGUAUUGAGUGAACAAUGAGGGCUCAAUUCGACUGGCUCUACGUAGCUCUGGAUUCUGGACCACCGGUACAUCCUUCUCCGCUCAUCAUUCCUCUCUUCUA